AGUCUCCACGUCCUUCAGGCCCGCCGCGCGUAUGUUGUUUUUCCCCGUCCGUAGGGUUGUGCAGCCACAAUGCCGAAGACGCAUAUGGGAUGGGCAAAGCGAAGCAUUGAUAAGGAGAAGCAUAAGCAAGAAGUGGAGAAGCGAAAGAAGGAGGAGGAGGACCACAUGCACGAGAUGAUGAAACAGCAGCAGAUGAUGUUCCAGCAGAUGGUUUCGACCAUGCCCAUGGGGAGCAUGAGCUCCUGGAUGGGUUCCGACUGGGAUGGCUACGGCUAUGAUGGCUGGGAUGGCUACGGCUACGACGAGGGAUGCGGAGGGCCUGGAAGCGGCAGCAUGGGCAGCGCGUGCGGCGGCUGCGGCUGCGGCGGUACUCCGCCUGGGGCCGGUCAAUCGGCUCCCUCCCGUCCACCAGGUGUGCGACCGCAAGUGGUACCUCCACGGGUUGGAUCUCCCCCCGAAGCCACACCGAGUCAGCCCUCGGGGCUGUUGGCAAGAACCAAAGUUGGCACGGAGACGUAUCAUGGGACUGUUCUGGAGUUCAAGGGGUCAUUUGGUUGGAUAGAGCCAUUCCCUGCCAUUGAACAUCCACUGGCGCAGAAACAUGGUGGAAAAAUUUAUGUAUCCAUAUCUGAUGUCAAGUGUGGCAGUAUCACUGCUGGUCAACUGGUCCGGUUUAGACUUUAUCAUGACGCGAGCGGCCUGGGAGCGGAGGAUUGCCAAGUAGUUUGACCCAAAGACUCCAAGAAGAGCGUGUAGUUCUCACAAAA